AUGGUGCGCGCGACAGUAGAUAUUGCUUUGCUCUCCGCACAGUUUCUCUCUAACGUUCAGGACGGCCGUCUCAACAUGAAGGAACAAGCAAGCGCUUGUGACGCUUUCACCAUUAGAAGCCGGGUGCCCGUUUCCUUGCAUGGGUGGCAGCGUUGCAGCGGUUGGAUUCUUUGUGUUUUGUUGGCCAUUAUUGCACCCGCCGCUGGUGUACCAGACGAUGCUCUAUCAGUUCACUCGGAAGUAUCCUCUAGUCGGAGCAAAUUAGAUGUUGCGAACUCUUUUAUCGACAACAUCCCUUCUUCAGCACCGGCAGUUGUGGCAUCAUCGACACCCAGCUCAUCCUUUGAGCCUACCACGUCAACGCAACCCUCAUUCACGCCGACAGUGUCCUCCCAACCUACAUUAACGGCACGACCGACCCAAAUUUCAACACUCAGUCCCACUGCACUCACCUCAAUGAACGGACCUAUCUUCGCAGAUCCCGCCGGAACUCCGACUGCCGCUAUUGCAACACCAGUGUCAAUGAGCCCGUUCAUAGAGAUUCCGCAAGAGGAAGAAAUGCCAACCGGAAAGCCGUCCCCGAUUCUGCAACUGAAUCCGACAAGUACACCCGCUGCGCCUACAAUUUCUCCAACCAAAGGACCAACUACCGCACCAACUCUUGAUACAACGACUAUGCCUACUUUGUUUCCACCUGCGACAGAAAACUUAACGGUAAUAACAACGAGCUCUCCGUCAGCAGUUCCAUCCAUUAAUCCCUCAUUGGUACCACCGCCUACUGCAACAUUGAAUGCGUCUGACGCUCCUUCUGUCGCUGCUAGCACACGGCCUCCUUCCAACCCUACGAAUGGUGCUUCGGGCGCACCCACGAUGACCCUCGCCCCUGCAGUAGUUCCUUCCGUAUCGCCUACCCAAUCGCCACUGUCAACGACAAGCGCAAUGCCCUCGGCGAUCCCAAAUUCCAUGGUGUCAGCGACUCCAAGCACCACGCCUACUUCCACAACAAGCUCGACGCCCACUUCGACUCCAAAUUCCAUGCCUUCGGACAUCCCCUCAUUCUCACCCACUCCAAAUCCCACAGUGGGUCCUAGUGAUCCACCAACCUCCAAACCUUCUCCGAUGCCAUCGCCAAUCAGUUCGAAUGGUCCAAGUCUCAGUACUUCGGCCUCGCCGUCUACUCGUCCUUCAAGCACUCCUACGGAGCAACCCACUCAUGUUGCUUCAGAUGAGCCCUCACGAGUAGCUUCGGAAACGCCAUCACUGAGCCCAAGCCAUAUUCCCACAGCCAUUCCUUCACUAGGUCCAAGCAAUGCGCCUAGUUCUAACCCCUCCCUGGCUCCGUCUGUUUCCAUGCAGCCCAGUACUAGUUCAGCGCCAUCGAUGGCACCGACACCGGUGUGGGAGUUCGAAAAGUUCGUUGGCGUUCUGUCUGGAGUUCAGCUUAUCUACGGUAUGAACGGUCGUCGUAUGGAUGAAAGCCAGCCAGAAUUGACCGAUGAAGUCUGCAUUGAAUUGUGGCGGGAUUACGUCGAGUCAAGUAUAGCGCGAGAAGUUGAGAAUUUGGUUCAGACCAUUGAAUUUCUCGAGGUUACGGUGUCGAACGAAACACAAGAAGUGCUUAUUGAUUCACAGCGUGUUGCGUAUGUCUUUGAUACUACCGUAGAGCUACGAUCACCAAUCAGUGAACACAAUUUGAAUCGUUUUGUGGCGGGUGCUUUCAACACUGAAGAAGAACGGCUUACCAUGGUAGAGUAUCUACGGAACACGACGUGCCCUCAAUUUGCGUACAUAACGACAGCCGACUUAGUCAUGCCUCCGAACAAGGCGUUACUUCCCGAAGAUGGCAGCGAUGAAAGCUCCGGGGCUGGAUUGAUCGCUGGUCUGGCUAUUGCAACAGUGGCGGCCGUUAUUUUGACAAGUCUGUUUCUCUUUCUUCGCCAUAAGAAGAAAAAUAAUCCGUCGGUAGCUGAAGAAGAAGAAGUCAUUCUUCCAAUACCUGAGCACCCGACUAGUCACAACCCUGACGAGUAUGCUUCUGAGAUUGAUGUAGAAGGUGGAACCGAUAUUAGUACUUUGGGAGAUCCAAUGCCGCAAGCCAUGUACCCAAUGCUAUCAGGCGACAUGUCUAUAACUGAUUCGGCAACAAUGGAGUAUGACUUUGACAAGGCUUACCAUAGCCCACCUUCUGUGUCAGAAGCUUCGGAGACAGCCUCGAGAUUUGAUACUCUACAGUCGAGUAAUCCUGUAUUGAGCAACGAUGGCAUUUCGAAUACACGAAAUGAGUUCGAGACGGUAGUAGCAGUACUGGCUCCUGCCGGGCGCCUAGGGCUCAUCCUUGAAUCCAGCAAAGAUGGGACUCCUAUUGUGAAUAGUGUCAAUCCGGGAAGUGCUUUGGAGGAUGAGGUCGAGCCGGGCGAUCGUCUCUUGUCCGUGGAUGGUCUUGACGUGACGGUACUCUUGCCCAGUGAAGUGUCAAAACUGAUUGCCGAGAAACGAGAUGAAGACGUUCGUAACCUUGUUUUUGCCCGCUCUAUGGCAAGACCGAACAACUUAGUGGAUGGUUAAAGUCUUUUUCAGGUUGCAGAUUUAGAUUGUUCGUGUUUAUGCGCGGUAUACUUGUUGGAAGUAAAGCCGAGUAUUAAUUCUAGAGAAAUCGAUAUUAAUGAAAAUGCCUGUAGCUAUGCUCAAGUCCCACCAUUGAAUAUGGGUUGUCAUCCUAGGGAGCAACCUGAUGAUCUAGCAGUGGUUUGUGCUUCAUACGGGGCUUAUGCUUUUUCUGUGGGCGACCCUCUACGGGCUUUGAAUCAAUACCCACUGCAGGCUUGUCAGGUUGUUCUUUCUUCGCCUCUUGUUUUGAUCUCAGAUUCUCGGGAGGGCCAUCAAGAAUCUUGGCUCCGAUGAUAUGUACAGGCUCCUCAUAGAACCAUUGCCACUCAGGAUCGUCGCGCACAGUAGGAGAUGCAAUGACCUCUUGUAAAACAUCAAAACCGUCCACGACCUUGGCAAAACACGGAUCAGCGAAUUCGUUCAGGUCAUGCUGAUUUUGACCACCAGGUCCAUGCGAUUUAGUAUUAUCCACCUUGUUAAUAUACCAAUCGGGUCCGCCUGGUCGUCCCGUAUAUCCCAACGUCCACGGGACGUGCGGAAAAUCUUCCGAAUAUUCCGGAAACGCCAAGCUUUCGAGAUUCAACGAUCGAAACUUUCGAAGCGCGAACUCUCGUUCGUCUUCCGCCUCGUCGUACCCUUCUUCAUCGUCUUCCGCCUGCGGACCACCUUGGAGGACGUGCGGUCCAUUGAGAUAAAACCAUGCCGAGCUCCAUAGACCGUGUGCAAC